GCGGUGUUUUUGCCAGCCCUGUCAGCUGUUUAGUAUACAAACAACACCGAUAAGAAAAAAAGGCAGACAGGGCCCAGGAAAAAUAUAUUUGCUUAAAUUUUAAGAAACAUUUCAAUAACCUAAAUUAAAUUUAUUUAAUGGGACACCUGGACAAAUGCCGCGUAUGCUCCUGCGAUGUGGCUAGAGACGACGAGGCCUACAACUUGCUACAUCAUCCAUAUCUCGCAGUCAAAUUUUCCGAGUGCACAAAUAUAGUGGUGGAUCCUGAUGACCAGGAUAUUCUGCCCAGCGAAAUUUGCUCGGAGUGCUACGAGCUCCUGGAGAAGUUCCACUCCUUCCGAGCACUGUGCAUUAUAGCCGAUAAUAAAUGGCGUUCCAAAAGUCUGGUAACUUGGAAGAAAAUAGAUCGCAGGCAACCCGUUUACGAGGUGGACGAAGAUGAGGACGAGGAGCUGGAGCUGGAGGAGCUUCUGUUGGAACCCCCAGAGAUGAUUAUAUGCGAUACCAACUUGAGUGCACAGAAUGCUCAAAAAAUCGCCGAACAGGCACCGCCAACCCUAGUGUGGAAUACCUUCAUCGAAAAUGUCCCGAAAACCCCGGAAACGGAAAAGAAAGCUUUGGAAGAGCCCCCAUUGACCACAUACAAGUGCGACCUGUGCGCCGUCGAGUUUCGCGAGGAAAAGCGCCUGAUUCUCCACCAGAAGGAGCACCAGGGGCACAUGUUGUAUCACUGCACUGAGCCCGGAUGCGAGGAAGCUUUCAAUCGAUUCGAGAACCUGCGGCAGCACGAGCUGGAGCACUCGGAAGUGGGCAUGCGGUUUGUCUGCGAGGAGGAGGGCUGCAACAGGAUGUACCGGCACAAGGCUUCGCUGAAAUACCACCAGAGUAAGGCUCACGACAUUGGCAAGCCUUUGAAGAUCCAUAUGUGCGAGUUCUGUGGUCGCGUAUUCAAGACUGGCUCUGCUCUAAGUCAGCAUCGGUUCACACACGGCGACCAGCUGGUGUUGCCAUUUGCCUGCGAACUGCCGGAAUGUACUUUGCGAUUCUAUAGCGCUGAGAAGCUCAAGAUUCACAUGAUGCGUCACCAGGGCAUAAAAAACUUUAGCUGCCCCUACUGUGGUCUCAAGAAGACGACCAAGAACGAACUGCGACUGCAUAUCAACUAUCAUACUCUGGAGAAGACCUGGGCCUGCAAGGAUUGUCCCAAAGUUUGCAACAGCUCAACGAGUCUUAAGAAACAUAUACGCACAAUCCACGAGAAGGCGCGGGAUUACGCCUGCAACUAUUGCGAAAAAAAGUUCGCCUCACCCGAUACGCGAAAGUACCACGAAAUGACCCACACUGGCGAAAAGAACUUUGAGUGUCACGUUUGCGGCAAGAGAUUUAUACAACCCUCUGCCUUGCGCACCCAUCGCAAGGUCCACGAAUCGGGGGAGAAUCAGCAGACUGCUUGUGCUCUGUUGCAACUGUCUAGUAUGGGUUAAACAAGUUAACAUAUUUCUAUUUUAGGUUCAGUGAAAAGUACAACAUUCAUAUCGCAUUUUACUUGACUCGCAACUUAAUUAAUAUAUACACACCUCCUUU